ACCCUGUAAAAGAAAAACUCAAACUUACUACUUCACUACUAAACCUAGCCAAGAAUCAUCAAAAUGCAGUCUGCUUUGUUCAUUUCCCCGCCUACUCUCCCCUUAACACCUUCAAAAAACUUCUCCCAACAGACAAUCUCCCCUCCAAGGCUAUCUGGAUCUGUUGCUUCUCGUCGCUUUUCAACAAAGGCUACCACACCCUGUGAAACCUCAACAGUCGAUUACAGCUCUGCGAUCUCUGUGUUUCCAGCCGAGGCAUGUGAAACAAUUGGUGGAGAUGCCUGUUUGGCAGACAUAUUCCCUGAAGUUAAGCUCAACCCAGAAGCCAGUUCAAAGAGAAUUGCUUCAGAGCCCUUUGACAGAGACUAUCUUGAGUACAACGAUCCAAAAACGGUUUUCCGAGGAGAAGCAUGCGAUGAUCUUGGAGGAGAAUUCUGCAGCCCUGACUAUGAGAGAGGAGCCUAGUUGGAGGAACCAAUUCAUGUUAGAAGUUACUGAACUUGUUAAUGUAUAAGCAAUAGAAGUGUGGUGGAUGUAUAUAUUCAUACCCCAUGGCCUGUAUUUAUAUAACUAUCAGAGUUCUCUUAAUUACAAUAGUAAACUUCUGGGAAUUUUGUGGGGAUACUAAAUCAAAACCCUCUUUGCCAACAUGUGGCUCCAAAAGUAUCAAAAUGUUCUAAGAAUUUUCGUUAAGUUUUCCGAA